UUCAAUGCCGGAAGAUGCUAAUUCUAAAAUAAAGAGAACAGCUAAUUUUCCAUCAUCAUCGUCGUCAUCGACAACUGGCUUCGAAUUGCAAUUUACUAUUAGGAAAUACGAUACCGGCGAGCCAAUAACUUUCAAAGUGGAUGGUGAACGAUUUGGGAAAACGCAAGGAAGUGAUGUAAAGUCAGAUGUACUCCUUCGAACAUACAAAUUUCGCUCGGAAGUUAUCUAUAAAAUUACUGUGACAACUAAGCCACCCAUUGAAUUUCAUGUGUUGCAUAUAUCAGGAAGUAUUUUGGAGUUACGACCAGAAAGCAUUGGUGGUGGUGUUUAUAGCACGGAAUGGAAUACAACCGGUACAGAUGUGACCCUUAAUAGGAAUCGAGAAUAUAUUAGUAUUUGUCUACAGGGUCCUGGAAGGAUAUUGCAACGAAAGCUCCAAGCAAAAUUUUAUCGAAAUGAUAAUAAUCAUGCAGAUUACGGUGAUAAAUUGGAAGCAUUGAUUUGGAAGUGUGCUGUAGAUAGCGAUGGAAAUAUAACUGUGGUUGAUGAAAUUGUCAAAUGA